AUGGCGGGUAGAGAAUUGUCGCCAGAAGAGAAACUCUCUCUGGUGACCGACCAGCUGGCGGAGGUGCUGCACAAAGAUAUCCUGGAAGAUGUCAUCCUCAAGCAGCAAAGACCGCUUGUCCUCUACUGGGGAACAGCCACCACCGGCAGGCCUCACUGCGGUUAUUUUGUGCCCAUGAUGAAGAUUGCGCACUUUCUGCGAGCGGGAUGUCACGUCAAGAUUCUUCUGGCCGACAUCCAUGGGUUUCUCGACAAUCUCAAGGCACCUAUCGAGCUGGUCAAGUACCGCGCCGAGUACUACAAGUUCGUCAUCUCUUCCCUUCUCAAGGCCGUCGGCGUGAGUCUGGAAAAGCUGGAGUUUGUCCUUGGCUCGUCCUACCAGUUGAGCUCUGAUUACACGAUGGACGUAUUCCGACUGAGCAGUGUGGUCACUGAGCACGACGCGAAGAGAGCAGGCGCUGAAGUCGUCAAACAGAGUGAAAAUGCACCGCUAUCUGGACUUAUUUACCCUCUCAUGCAGGCACUUGACGAAGAACACUUGAAGGUCGACGCUCAGUUCGGUGGGGUCGACCAGCGCAAGAUCUUUGCCCUUGCCCAGGAAACAUUACCUCGAAUAGGCUACAAAGAGCGAGCCCAUCUUAUGAAUCCCAUGGUGCCUGGCUUGACUGGAGGCAAGAUGUCGGCGUCGGACCCUGAUUCCAAGAUUGAUGUCCUUGAUGGCCCAGAGCUCGUCAAGAAGAAGUUAAGAAAGGCAUAUGCGGCAACUGGCGAAGUAGAUGGCAACGGUAUCAUCUCCUUCGUUGAAUAUGUAUUGCUCCCAUUCAGUGCCCUGCAAGACCCAAAUCACAAAGGCACGUUUGUCUGUGAACGAAGAGAAGGAGAGGGAGAGCCACUGGUUUACCAUGACAUGGAGACGUUGAAGGCCGACUACAAGGCCGACAAACUGACCCCUCAGUUGCUGAAGGCUGGGGCAACUGCUGCUUUGAACGAGCUCCUAGCCCCGAUCCAAGCUGAUUAUCAGGCAUCCCCUGAGUGGCAGGAGAUUGAACAGAAGGCUUAUCCCCCAGCAGAGCCUGCAAAGAAGAAGAAACAACCCAAGAACAAGGGCACCCGUUAUCCGGGAGCAGGAAAUGUGCAGGCCAAUCCAGAUGGCACCGUUACUGGCGAAGGCAAGGAGCAAGUUGAAGUCGGCAAGACGGCAGAAGAUGCAAUGUCGAAACUAGAAAUCGAAGGCAAGACUGCGUGA